UCACGCGAUACGCCAACCGUUUUCUCGGAAUGCAUCAGGACACAGAGGAGAUCCUGACCGAUCAUGGGGCGGAAUUCAGAGGAGAAGUUUUGAGGAACCUGGUCAUACAUGACGUCGCCAUACAAAAUACUGCACCCCACAUGUCACAGUCUAACGGGCUGGUAGAGAACGCAAAUAGGCUCAUCAACGAUCUCCCCCUCAAUAUAAUAUCGCAGUGCGACGAAAUCCCAGUGCCGCACGUCCUUCUGUGGAGGUUGACGCCGUAUCUGCAGUGGUCGGCCUGUUUGGAGGAGAGAGGAGGAGGAGGCAGCUACCCGUCGCGAUCGAAGUACCUGAAUCCCCGGGGGAUCAUCGACAUCCUUUUCUUCCAUCCCUGGGCGGUGUCUGAGGACGAGGCGAUAGCGGUAGAGGAGGAAGAAGAAGAGGACGAAGAGGAAGAAACCCCGGAGGAAGGAAGCUACAGCGAGCAGAACGAAGAGAAGCCGGGGAGCGAAGAAGAGGAAGAAGAAGAAGAAGAUCGGGAGGAGGAAGAGGAAGGAUCUGAGUGGGAGAGUCUGGGUGAGGAGGUGGACCGCGCGGAGGUCCAGGAAGAAGAUUAUGAGGUGGUCGUGUGGCAGAGAGAGGAAAUCGCAGUCGGGAAGCAGUCGCUGGAGUACGCGAGCGGCGCGGAUCUACCAAUCCCGGACGAUCCGACCAAGGAUCCCGAGCCACCCAGGAUCGACGAUGAGGACACUGCUGUCGAGACUUCGAGCGCACCGGCACGGAGACGACGAAGCUGAUCCCCCUCCCCCUCCAACCGUCCCCCAGUUCGCACACGUACCGAUGCGGGGCAUCAAGCCUC